GGCCAACGAUCAUGAGUACUGACGGGGUGAAGGAUGGCGGGCCGCUGCCAAGGGUGAACAACGACGUUACCAUUGAACUCAAGCACCAUGAAAGUCUCGUGUUGCCCAAACCCGACCAGCGCAAUGUCCUCAUCACCAGCGCGCUACCUUAUGUGAAUAACGUGCCCCACUUGGGCAACAUUAUCGGCUGCGUUCUCAGUGCCGAUGUGUUUGCACGAUACUGUCGACUGCGGGGUUAUAACACACUCUACAUUUGCGGAACGGACGAGUACGGAACAGCGACAGAGACAAAGGCUUUGGAGGAGGGUGUGUCCUGCCAAGAGCUCUGCGAUAAAUAUCACACAAUACAUAAAAAGACCUACGAGUGGUUCUCGUGUGACUUUGACUACUUUGGACGGACGCCUACCGAAAAGCAUACACAGAUCACACAAAAGAUUUUCAAUGCUAUUGACGUAAAGGGCCUAACGGUGGAGAGAACCAUGACGCAGUUGUACUGCAAUCAUCACAAUUCAUUCCUGGCAGAUCGGUUUGUUGAAGGAACUUGCCCAAACUGCAAAUACAAGGAUGCCCGCGGUGAUCAAUGCGACGAGUGUGGAAAGCUUCUGGAUCCGACCGAAUUGAUCAACCCGCACUGCAAACUUGACAAAACGACGCCUGUACCGAGAGAAACGGCACAUAUCUUCUUGGAUUUGGGCAAGUCGCAAGCUGAACUUGAAAAGUGGGUAGAGAAGUCUAGCGUGCAUGGACUGUGGUCGCAAAACACAAUCAACAUCACAAAGGCGUGGCUUAAGGAAGGGCUAAAAGAACGCUGUAUUACCCGUGACCUCAAGUGGGGAGUUCCGGUUCCCAAGGAUGGGUUCAGAGAGAAGGUGUUUUACGUGUGGUUUGACGCUUGCAUCGGAUACCCAUCCAUUACGGCUAAUUACACAGACGACUGGGAGAAAUGGUGGAAGAAUCCUGAGCACGUUGAGCUUUUCCAGUUCAUGGGCAAGGAUAAUGUACCGUUCCAUACCGUAGUGUUUCCGUCAACGCUAUUGGGUACCGGGGAGGAUUGGACUCUUUUGCAUCACAUUAACACGACAGAAUAUCUGCAAUAUGAAGGCGGCAAAUUCUCAAAAUCUCGGGGCAUUGGCGUUUUUGGCAAUCAUGUAGUGGAAGUCGGCGUCUCAGUUGCUGUAUGGCGGUACUACCUUCUUUCCAACCGACCUGAAACCGGAGACUCGCAAUUCACCUGGAGCGGAUUUGUUGCUUGCAAUAACAACGAGCUGUUGGCCAACCUUGGCAACUUUGUCAAUCGAGUUGUGAAGUUUUUGAACGCAAAGUACGAACGGACGAUUCCAUCUUAUUCUGUCACGGACGAAGUAGAAGCAAAACUGAUCGAUGACGUCAACGGGCUGUUGAAACAGUACAACGAAGCUCUCGAAGGCGUGAAGCUCCGGCUAGGUCUCAAACUGGCUAUGGAUAUCUCUGCACGCGGAAACCUCUACCUUCAAGACAAUCGCAUCGACAACAAGCUUUUCGCCAACGCACGUGAACGAUGCGACACGGUCAUUAGCGUCGCGGCCAACCUGGCCUAUCUCAUCGCAGCACUCAUUUACCCCUACAUGCCCACAACCUCUGAAAGCAUCUUCAAACAACUUCGGCUCCCCACACGCAAAAUUACGGAUACAUGGUCAGGGAAAGACAUUGAAGCAGGACAUGUCAUUGGAGAGGCAGAGUAUCUCUUUUCGAUCAUCAAACCCGAAAAGGCAGAUGAAUGGCGCAGAAAGUACGGGGGCAACCAGGCAGAUAGCGACGCCGGUGUUUCAAAGACGUCGAAAAGAAAGGCAGCGAAAGCCAAGGCUGCUGCGGCAGGGCUUAGCGAGGCGCCAGCGGGGGUAGUCAAGACACCGGAGAUUGUGGAGUUGGAGGAGCAGAUAAAGCUUGCGGGUGAUGAAGUGAGGAAACUAAAGACAGAGAAGGCGGACGCUGAGGUAGUGAAAGUGGUCGUGGACAAACUUUUAGACUACAAGAAAAAAUUGGCGGAGGUUAUUGAAGGGCUGCAAAAGUUGUAGGAUGGAAUGUAGAUACGCGUUUGUACGUUUUUUUUUAUAGAGGUGACAUUUAUACAGA